CCAAGCCCCAACAGGGACCCAAGACACCUCGGAUCCCGCGCAGACAAUGCACGACCAUGGUCGAAACUGCCGACGUCAAUACGCCGGCCAGCCCCAAGAGGUCGGUCACUCCUCCCAUGCCAGUUCGGCAGGCAGAUGAAUCGCAACUCGCGUUUCUCGAACGUCUCUAACAUUACAUGGAGACUGCUGCAGCCGAACUUCGCAAAUGGGAAACGGAGGGAGGCCAGCAGCACGUCAGCAGGCCACAGCCGAAGCUGCAGCAGCCGCACGGUUGCAGCAGCAGCAGGUCGAGGCAAGUCAGAAUCAAGCUUGUUACCAGGCCACAAUGGACCUCUCAAAAGACGAAGCCGCGUACCGCAGGCUACUUCGACGACAGCAUUUCCAAGCAACCGAAGCACAAGAGGAGCCGACCGAGGAAGUAUUGAUGGAGAAUUUGUUGUACACGUGCAAUUGGCAGCAACGCGAACUGCUGGCCAUGCCCCAAAUCUUCAUCCCGCUAUGACACAACUUUCCGGCAAAGGUCAGCGGACGCCACAAGUAGCAGCGGUCCAGCAAGGACCUAGUGAGGACCACGCAGCCGUUUCAACAUCAAGUGAUGGAGAUGUGGCGGUAGUGAUACCACCGCAAUGCUCACGACCCCGAGGGGGAAAACACAAGGCGAAACCAGCGCUGGCGGACGAAGCACGACAGUCACCAUGGACGAAGUUCGGUAUCACCGAAGACAUGUUCAAGUUGAGGCAGAAAUGGGGAUGCUGUUCAUGGUGCAACAGCACCAAGCACAUCACUAGUGCAUGCCUCGACAAGGACAAAGCGUCCAGGCUCGGGAAACUGAGCACCACGGGAAGUGCAGCGACAUCACUUCCCAGUCCGCCGGACUCGGCUGCCUUGCUAGCAGUCUCUCUCAUGUCCGGGGAUGACGCGGUAGUCGUAAGUUAUCGAAUUGACUUCGAGAACUAUGCUGUCCAGCUGGUCCGGCCGUUGAACCAACCUCUCCACGUGCAGGAUUCAAGCGCAUGCGCGAUGUUACCGCCGCUGGACAACGAACCGGUCGCUUCGCCAGCCCUUCUAUCGGAGGAUCCGUCAACUUGGGCGAGUCUUGAGGAACUCGACUUGUUGACAGUUGAGGACUUCCAAUGGUUGCCUCUUCCCUCCACUGGUUCUUUGCCAACACCGCAUUGCAACCCCCUCAUGGCACAAUUGCGUGAAUACUUGCACGCUGCAGUACCACCUCCGUCGACGGACGGCGGAGUAGCGGUUGUUGACCUUCGUAGCUAUCUUGCGAAUGUGGACCACGAGCACGCAGUGCAACGGUACGUCGACAUUAACGCGCCACUCCUCUACAUCCGCAUUCAGAUCGAAAAGGCAACCUGUAGUGCCUUGAUCGAUUGUGGAGCGUCUCUCAAUUACAUCAGCCAAGACUUCAUGGCACGCGCCGGGCUAGGCUCGCGCAUCGAGAUCCAACCAAGAGAUCGGUAUAAGACCGCAUUCAAGACGCGGUAUGGGCACUUUGAGAGGAUCGUCAUGCCUUUCGGUCUCACCAAUGCUCCGACUACUUUCCAAGCGGCCAUGGCAACGAAAUUUCGCGACCUGCUCGACUUCACCAUACUCAUUUACCUUGAUGAUAUCUUGGUUUAUAGUCGGUCGUUGGACGAGCACCUUGAGCACCUUCGCGCUGUUUUGGAGCGGCUCCGUAUCGCCAAGUACAAGGCGAACCGCGACAAGUGCGAGUUUGCCCAGCAAGAGCUGGAGUAUUUGGGCCAUUACGUGACGCCGCAAGGCAUUCGUUCGCUCGCGGACAAAUUCCCCUUAGUGCCCUUUGAGUUCAACGACGAAGCCCGACACGCGUUCCAUACGCUGAAGACGGCUUUGCUUCAAGCUCCUGUCCUAAGCAUCUAUGACCCGACCUUGCCUACCAAACUAACUACGGAUGCUUGCGGUUACGGCAUUGGCGCGGUUUUGGAACAGCAUGACGGCACAGACUGGCAUCCGGUUGAGUACUUCAACCAAAAGGUGCCGCCCAUCAAUUCUCUUUAUGAUGCGAGGAAGAAGGAACUACUAGCUUUUGUCACUGUACUUAAGCGUUGGCGUCACUUUCUCCUUGUGCGUCGGCGAUUCACGUGGGCAACGGACAACAAUCCAUUGACUUAUUACAAGACGCAAGACACGGUGAGUAGAACGACCGGUCGCUGGAUGUACUCCAUCGACCAAUUCAACUUCACCUCCAAGCAUAUUCGGGGCCCCUCGAACAAGGCAGCGAAUGCUCUCUUGCGAAGACCCGAUCUUUGCGCCUUGGUGUACUCCACAUUUGGCCUCGACGAGGACCUGCAACAGCAUUUCGUAAACGGCUACAUGUCGGAUCCGGGAUUCUCCACAUUCUAUGCGGACUUAUCAUCGCAUCAUCCGCCGGCAAGCAAUUAUCGCAUUGUCGACGACUACUUGCUUCUCCAUACACGAGGCAAGGACUUGUUGAGUGUUCCCCAAGACCGCAUCUUGCGCACUCACCUCCUUGGCGAAUACCACGAUUCGCGGCUGGUGGGACACCUUAGCCUAGCAGCCAUGACAGACCCAAUGGAACGAAGAGAGAGGGAAGACAAGCAAAAGCUAGCAUGGAAGUUGAGAAUGAAGAGGGAGAAGAAGAGGAGGAGAGAGGAAGUGAAUAAGAUGACCGCAGCAGUGGCAAAGGUGCAGGAGUGUAGAGCGGAGGUGCUGGCCCAACCAGAUGAUAAGGCCAAGUGGGACAAGGUACUGGGCUAUCUAGAGGUGUUGAGCAAGGCCUGGAUGGAGGAGCGCCAGGCAAGCUGGAGCCAGGAUGUAGCGUUGAGUGCCAUGCGGUCAGGGGUUAGAGACUUUGCGCGCGAGAUCGUCACCCAUAUUGGGGGCGAAGUGAAGCAAUUGAGAGAUAAUGUAGGGAAGUUUUGUGAGGGCGCCAUUCAGGGUGCCAAAGCUGUAGCCGCCGCAGAGGGAGAGGCCAGGCCCCGUAAGGACCCUGUGAAGCUUAAGUUUCCGGAUGCAUACGGGGGAAAGAAGGAAGAAAACUUUGACAACUGGGAAGCCAGUGUCAAUAGUUAUAUUUACUUGCAGCAUAUCCUGGCCGAGGAACAAGUCCUUGUGGCCUUCCAGGCCCUCAAAGAUGAAGCGGCUAGCUUCGCCAGGUCUCUUGCGCGUACAGCCGGUUGUGAAAACAACCUGGUUGCAUAUUCCAAAGUCACUUCUCUCUCCCGAUACCUCAAGCUCCUCAAGGAGCGGUUCGCUGACCCAACGCGAGGCAUUAGAGCCUCUGAUAAGCUCCAAACGAUCCACUCCCGGCAGUGGAGGAGUGCCAAGGCACUCAAGGGUACCAUGGACGACUUCGUAGCUGUCCCGGAACACGGGGUCACUGAGCCCUAGUUGGUCCAGUUGUUUUAUCGUGCCAUUCCAGAGG